AUGUCUUUGACGGCCGCGUCCUUCCUGCUGCAAGCGGCUCCGUGGAUCUCGCUGGAUGUGCGGCGAGGCAGCGUGGCGGACAUUUCGAUACCUAUUUCGGCAGCCACAGAGCAGGGUCGCGACGACCUGCAGCAGUGUUUGGUGUGGCAGUUCGUGCUCGAGGAGUUCGACGUGGGCUUCCAGCUGCUGGAAAAUGGGGAGCCGACGAUGGGGGGCAGAUUCGACGACGUCAAGCCGGGGACGGUAUACACCCUGCGUUGGGACAAUACGUAUUCUUUGGUACGGCACAAGCAGGUGCGUUAUCGAUUCUUAGUGACGUCGAGAAAUACUGUUGAAGCGGCGGAACUGGCCGUGCAGGAGUCGCAGUCGCGAUCCCAAAGAAGAGCGAGAAGAGCGGUGGCAGGACUGCCAUUGCCCUACUUGGCCAAGACGUUGGCGAAGGAGCGUGCGAUGACGGAUGAAGAGAGGAAAGCCGAGAACGAGCGAGUGGUGGCUCGUUUGGAGCAGGCCGUGAUGGAUAUUGUCGCGAUUUUCAUUGCAAAACCAGACAGUCCACUUCAUGAGGGAGCUGUUCGGCCCUUUAUCUUGGCCAUGGAAGCGGUGCUUUGCAACGGCGUAAAGGAAGAGUUUUUGGAUGAGUGGCCAGAGGCACCAUUCUACGAGUUCUUGUUGGAGACACGGCAGGUGCUGCGUGAUGAUUUGGGCAUCGUGGCGGAGGUGCAAGUAGGCGAAGCUCCACCAAACUUGCAGCACCUGGGGUGGAAUCAUGCUCGAUCGUUCAUCUUGUUAGCGCUGAACAAGGGGAUAUUCCACCGUGCCUUCGAGAAUUUGAGCAAGAGGAGGACAUUAGUGGAGAAGUUUUACGAGCCCAGAGCACUUUUGUACAAGUACGAAGAUGCCCGAAAGAUCGCCUCAUUCUUGAGUGCUUUGAACGGCGUCAAGUUUUUACUGGCCGCAUAUCCUCACGAUGAGUGUGGAUCGAAGGAGCACGGGCAGUUUCCGAGGAACCUGGAGCAGUGUGCUCCAGAGGCUCCUCUUCUGGGCAAUGAGAUAUCUUUUCAAGCCGGUGUAGAAGGUGACAGCUCUGUGGUGAGAAACAUCGAGGGGAACCCUGACAAAGUCAAGGAUCUGGAGAAUUGUACUGUGCCACGGUAUAUUCUUCAUGGCCACCCAUUCCAAGACAUUUUGGACAUUCUCGUAUCACUUGCGACCGGUGACAAUGAAGACCUGACGGAACCAUAUCGUUUAUCAGCUACGGAUGAGUGGACAGAGCUGAUCAUUCGGCUUAGGUCUAACCGGGCACAGAGUUUGAGAUUGAAGCUGGACAACUCGUACUCAAUGAUCCGAUCAAAACACAUCCAGAUUCGCUUUGAAUCUGUAGGCCCAGUAGCAUAUACGGCCGCAUGGGAAGGCUGUCUGGAAAUGGCACAGUCGAUCACGUGGAACCACGCGUCAAAAGCUGGGAGUGAGCGUUGCGCUGAAUACAUGGCGUCACUGCAUCAUCAAGAGGAAACGGAGGUGAUACUCCAGCGAAACCAAGACGGUGGAGCUUCGGAUGGGGGCAGUCAAGAUGACGGGGUCGUGGGGCUUCGAUCCUCUCUGCUCUCAAACCCUGUAUCGUACUUUGUCGGCGGUCUACUCUCAGCUGAAGGUGGCGUUGAAGCUUGUGACCAGUGCUUAAGCCCAUUUUCAUUUUUCAGUCGCCAGCACGAUUGUCCCUGCUGUAAGAGGAUUGUAUGCGUUCAAUGCUCUCGGCAUCAUGUCCACGUCGAUGGAAAGGGCCCUCAACUGAAAGUGUGUGACGGAUGCUUCAUCAAAGAAAAGGAAAAGGAGGUGAGAGAGGAUCCGAUGCGUGGCGAGCGACCGGAGUAUACCGCACUUCGAAACGAUCCCUCCAUGGACAAGUAUUUCAAAAUGCUCAGCUUCGGCGUUCCAUCCAGCGGGGUGGCUCAGAAAAUGGCCCAAGAUGAAAUGUCACCCAAAAAGGUCGCCAUUUUUGUUGCUGGUCCCGACAGGGAGCGUGCAGGUAGUCGAGGGCUAAAUCGCCGCGACAGUACGUUUCGUAAAGUCUACUGGACUAGCCUGGAAACAAAGAAGGCGAACGAAACCAUUUGGGCGCGGGUGACAUCAAGGCGGAAGACUGCUCCAAUUACGCUAUCACCCCAGGAUUUCCAAGAGCUGGAGUUUUUAUUUGGAAACCGAACAGCUGCAUCUCCUUCGCAAUCCAAGGAGAGGGCAGCCAAGAAGGCCAAGUUUUCAGCUCUAGAUUCACGAAGAUCCAACAACAUUUCGAUUGGGCUUAGCCAAUUCAAGGCAGUCGGAGGAGCUGAGGCCAUUUUGACGGCUUUGAAAAACUGCGACUAUGAGUUCCUCACAGUCGAUCGUUUGACUAGUUUGCAGGAUAUAGCUCCAAACAGUGUGGAAGUCAAGCGCUACACCAACUUCCGAGGGUCUCGUUCACGACUGGAGCCUUCGGAAAACUUUCUAGUGGAAAUGUGCGAGAUUUCUCGGGUGACGGAAAAGAUCAAUGCUAUGUUGUUUGCCUCGCAGUUUGAGCACCAGCAAAAAGAGCUGCGUACUCGGAUCAGUGUGAUCACCCAAGCUUGCUACGAAGUAUUGCGCAGUGAACGCCUUGCUCGGUGCUUUGAAUUGGUGCUGGCUAUUGGAAACCUCUUGAACACAGGCUCUGAACUAGAAGGCGCUCAGGGAAUUACGCUGGCAUCCCUAUUGAAGGUAUUUAUUUACACGCCAGCGUUGAAGUUUAAUUCGGAACGGUGA